GUUUUUCCUGCAUCUGUUCAGCUUAUUGCAGGAGUGACCAGGACAUCGCCUUCUUGAAGUAAUGCCCACAGAAAGCGGGAGUUGUUCAACUGCUCGCCAAGCAAAACAGAAACGCAAAUCUCAUAGCCUUUCUAUACGAAGAACUAACAGCUCGGAGCAGGAGAGGACGGGUCUACCGAGAGAAAUGUUAGAAGGACAGGAUUCUAAACUGCCUUCCUCGGUUCGCAAUACGCUUCUGGAGCUAUUUGGUCAAAUAGAAAGAGAAUUUGAAAACCUUUAUAUUGAAAACUUAGAAUUGAGGAGAGAAAUCGAGACUCUCAAUGAACGUUUAGCUGCUGAAGGACAAGCAAUUGAUGGGGCAGAACUGAGCAAGGGCCAACUCAAAACGAAAGCCAGCCACAGCACGAGCCAGCUUUCUCAGAAGCUGAAGACCACCUACAAGGCCUCCACAAGCAAGAUUGUGUCCAGCUUCAAGACUACCACAUCCAGGGCCGCAUGCCAGUUGGUGAAGGAGUACAUCGGCCACAGGGACGGCAUCUGGGACGUCAGUGUGGCGAGGACGCAGCCCGUGGUUCUGGGGACCGCGUCCGCUGAUCACACAGCUCUGCUUUGGAGCAUAGAGACGGGACGGAGUCUCGCCAAGUACACGGGUCAUGUGGGGUCAGUAAAUUCGAUAAAGUUUCACCCGUCGGAGCAGCUGGCUCUUACUGCUUCUGGAGAUCAGACUGCUCACGUCUGGAGAUACGCGGUCCAGCUGCCGACGCCUCAGCCCGUGGCCGACACUAGUCAGGUGUGCGGUGAGGACGAAGUGGACUGCUCUGACAAGGACGAGCCUGAGGCGGAUGCGGACGUGCCCAGUGACUGCCCCACCGUCCGGGCACCACUCACGUCUCUCAAGAGCCACCAGGGAGUAGUCAUAGCCGCCGACUGGCUGGUCGGGGGGAAGCAGGCGGUGACGGCCUCCUGGGACCGGUCGGCGAACCUGUACGACGUGGAGACGUCCGAGCUCGUUCACUCGCUGACAGGGCACGACCAGGAGCUGACGCACUGCUGCACGCACCCUACCCAGCGGCUGGUGGUGACCUCCUCCCGUGACACGACUUUCCGUCUGUGGGACUUCAGGGACCCUUCCAUCCACUCCGUGAAUGUUUUCCAGGGCCACACAGAUACCGUGACCUCUGCCGUGUUCACUGUGGGUGACAACGUCGUUUCUGGCAGCGAUGACCGCACUGUGAAGGUCUGGGAUUUAAAGAACAUGCGGUCCCCCAUCGCGACCAUUCGCACAGACUCUGCCAUCAACAGGAUCAACGUGUGCGUCGGCCAGAAAAUCAUUGCCCUCCCCCACGACAACCGCCAAGUCAGGCUGUUUGACAUGUCGGGCGUGCGGCUGGCGCGGCUCCCCCGCAGCAGUCGGCAGUCUCACGGCCACAUCCUGGAACUGAGUGCUGGCCGGCUUGGCUCGCUCCCUGGCUGGUGUGUGAUGGGGCAGCCGGCACGGCUCGGGGGGCGUGGAAGCUCUUUGGGAAGGAGGCACCUUUCCACGGCAGCUGCUCCUCCACUCAGGGCCACAGGAGGAUGGUGUGCGGCUCGGCCUGGAGCGAGGACCACCCCGUGUGCAAUCUGUUCACCUGCGGCUUUGACCGGCAAGCCAUCGGCUGGAACAUCAACAUCCCCGCGCUGCUGCAGGACAAGUGAGGGCGCCGCCUCGCGCGGCUUCCUUGGUGGCGAGGACCAUGACUGCCGGCCCUCAUCGUCCUGGGGAGCCGGACCGGACGGCGACGUGCACGCCCUCCCCAGUGCGCAGCCUGCAUGAAACGCACAGGGUGCUGUGCUCCUGUCCCCCAUUGUCGUCUGUGUGUGUGGGCAUCGCUGGUCGGUAGAACGGAGCCCCUCCCGCUGCCGCGUGUUGUGAGUUACUGGUGUGUCGGGUGACAGGAGGGCAUUGCGUUCGCAUGAGUGGGAACCGUGCACUCCCCAGGAGGCAUAGGGCGUCUCUGCGUCUCUGGAACAGUGGUCUACGCCUGCUGCGUACCAGGAAGGUGGCUGAUGGGUGGCGGGAGCGGCGUCUAGGGGAGUCUCACUGCGUGCUGUCUGCGCGGCCUCUGCUCUGUUCUGUUACAGUUCUGGGAAGUCAACCUGGAUGUGAGAAGUUUGAGAAAAAGCAUAGAAUAUUGAGUUCACAACAUUAGGAUGGUUUCUUUUGAAAGGAGAAGUUUCUGCUCUUUUUAUAGAAAAUCAUUUCAAUGUGCUGAGGUCUCAUGCUAGCAAAUCUAAAAUAUAAUGAUUCUAAUCACUGAUUUCAGAUUUUAAGCGAAAUUUAAAGCACUUUAGUUUAUAGCCAUGGUUAUAAACGAUUUUUAGAAGUUUCAGAUUUAUCCAUUGAAUGUGACUUGACCUUUCUGGAAAGCCCUGCUACCUGAAAACAAACCUUAUUUAUUUUCUACACGUUGGGUUUGCACGUUUCAAGUGGGUUCACUUCCCUGGUGGUAUUUGAGAGCCAACAAUGCAAAUAUCUGAGCACUACCUCGAAACAAGUCUUUGGGGGCCUCGGGUUUCACUGUUGCCUGGUUAGCGCCCUCCUGAUGUGGCGUUUCACUCAGGAGGCGGGGGAGUCGGUCGUGGCCCACGUCACUGGCGGUGAGGGCUCCCCCUCAGCGGGGCUGGUACCCAAACGCCCUCGGUGCCCCCGCUGUCGUGAGCCCACCACCCUCGCCUUCUGAGGACACCCGGGACCACUGUCUGAGUCGUGUCCCGUCUCGUGUGCUGACCCUUGGAGGCCAGCCGGGAGGACGGGGGGAUCAUGCUCCGUGUGCAUGGAGACGUGGGCUGGAGCCUGCGGAGCUGAGGUUGAGGGCGGUGGCUUCCGUGUGGAUGUGCCUCACCCGAGGCUCCGCCAGCUCAGGCCCUGCGCCGCUGGGCUCAGGACCCUCGGCCCUGAGUGAGUGGGCUGAUUCCGAGCUGGUUUCCACAGCCUGGAAGGGAAGGAGGAGCCAGCAAGAACCAAAGUAAGCAACCCACAGCAGGUGUUUUUGAGCAGCUUUACUUUGAAAGCUCAAGGACUUGUCGUUGGUGAGUCUGGUGUCCCCGGCCGGCGUCUGAGGAUGAGGCGGCUCGGCCCUGCUCUCUGGGCUCGGCGCCAGGUGCCUCCCCUGCUGCCCCCGUGCUCGGGCUCCUUUCCUGCUUCGGUCCGAACGUCUGAGUGUCUUAGAAUCAUUGUUACGAACGUUGGAAAUGGUCUACAAGUAGCUCAGCCAGAUUUGAGAACCAGGUCUCCGCCAGAAUUAAAAAAUUGGAAGUUUCGAAACGUACAUCUGUGCUGGCGUUGAGUUCUGUGCCAGAUGAGCACGCUCUGCGGGCCGACCUCCUCCGUCCCUGGAGCCUGGGCCUUCUGGGGAGGGGGCCUGCGGCUGCGGCGGCCACAGGGGUGUUUCCAGGAGCUGCGAGGGAGACGGGGGUAGGGAUGUGCGUGUGUGCGUGUGCCCAAGCGUGUGUGUGCGCAUGUGCGGUGAGCAGCCAUGUUGAUCUCGUCUGAAAUGCUGUUUGGAAAUGGGAGUGGCUUUGUCCAUGAUGCCGACGUGUCCAGAAUUUCUUCUAAUGAGAGAAGGAAACGUGUGGUUACUGAAAAGCGUAUGUUGAUAGAGAAUUUCACGAGAGGUAUGUUGUUGGACGAGGCAACACCCUUUCUCAGCCACUGCACAUUCGUUUCUGUAGAAUCAAAAUCCUGUACAUAUUUUGGAAUCUGAAGAAUCCUAUGUAAAUCUUCUGUUGCUUAAAUCUGUGAAAACCAGGUUUCUUUGGGGAGAACGUAUGCAUUUGUGUCAUGUAGAAGCAGGUGUUUUUAUUGUAUCGAUGUAAUUGUUUUUAAGUGUUCAGUGUCUUCAGUUGCAAUAUGAAAUUCAUUAAAAAUCCAUGUUGCGUAUAUUA